UUCAUAACAAAAUGCAAACACUUCGCGAUAUCUUACAGUUUGUCAGCUUGGUGAUAUUAAUUUUGACAUGUUCGGCUUUCGAACAUAGAAAUCCUCUUGGAUUCCUUGAUUCAGCCCUAUCUGGAACAGUUGGUCUUCUUGGGAAUACUUUGCAUUCUGUGGUAACUCCAGUUGCAGCAACAGCACACAAUAAUUUUGGUGGAUCUCCUCAAGAUCACCAAAAUAACCGACCUCUAGGACAAAGAUCAGACAAUGUAGCAGGGGGUAAUGGGGCUAGUGGUGGUGGUGGUGGACUAUUGGGAGUAACAGACUUGUUAGAUAACACCCUCAAGAUGGCCACAAACUCUUUUCAAGAGAUCCCUAACAUGAUUUCCAACACUGUACAAACAGUAGCAGUUCCAAUUACAAACACUCCAGCUAGUGGAGGUCUCUUGGCAGUACCAAAUCUAUUGGAAAACACAUUAAAGACAGCAACUGAAGGGGUGAAUAACGCGGUAAAAGAUAUUCCCAAUAUGAUAACCAAUACGGUGGAAGGAGUGGCAGCUCCGAUAUCAUCAACAAUAACUGACCCGCUCGGAAUUCGUGAAUUCUUUGGCAUGAAGGGUAUUUGCGAAACAUUCAUGCAACAUGUUUGGAGUGCAUUUUCAUUUAUGGAAAAAGUUGCGGAUAAUAUGUACAAAUUAUUUAUUCAGCCACAAGUCGAUGCAUUUUCAUUUAUUGCGAAUUUAAUCCCGUUUAAAUUUUAACUUUUUGUUUAAAUAAAAUUGUAAAAUAUAGUUUCUAAGCCAAUGUGAUGGUCAUUUAUAAAAGCUUAUAACCGAGAUACAAUAUAAAAUCGAAUCUAUCUUUCUUUCCGUUUAAUAAAGUUAAAACUUUGCACAGUCUUUUUA